GUCACAGCUCUAAAGAAUCAUGGAAGCUACCGAGCCACGUGACAAGUGGGGUUACAAGAUCGAGUUCCUUCUCUCGUGCCUCUCUCUCUCGCUCGGCCUGGGGAAUAUCUGGAGGUUCCCGUACCUGACUUACCAGAACGGAGGUGCUGCCUUCCUGGUGCCAUAUGUGAUCCUGCUCCUGGUGCUCGGACGUCCCAUGUACUUCUUGGAGCUCAUUCUGGGACAGUUCUGCAGCUCCUCUACCAUCAAGUCCUUCGCAUGCGUGCCGCUUGCUCAGUGCGUGCCCAUCGUCAUGAUGUACACUGUCUUCCUCACGAGCAUCUACUACAGCGUGAUUUCGUCCUACGCGCUCGCCUACCUCUACUACUCCUUGUGGAAAGUGCAGCCCUGGACCACGUGCAACCCGGAAUGGACCAACGAGUAUUGCUUUGUCCAAGGAUCCGUAUUCAAAUCAUGUAAGGAAGCCAACGAAUCUCUGCUGAUUCUUUUCGGACGCGUAAACUCUACCGAGAGUAACGCGGUGCCCAUCAAAAACGGCUCCGUGGUCGUCAUGGUGCCCCGAGACGAGUUCGAGUCCAGGUACCAGGGAUGCAAGAACGCGAACGAGACCUCGAUGGAGCAGUUCUUCUACAAGCGAUUUCUGGGUCUUAGCUCGGGAAUCGCGGAACUGGGCGGUGUCCAAGGAGACGUAUUCGUCGCGCUUCUUGUGACCUGGUUUAUCGUCUUCAUCGCCGUGCGUAGAGGAAUUCGUUCUUCCGGCAAGGUAGCGUUCUUGACUGUCCUCCUGCCUGUACUCAUGAUGGCCGCCCUACUCAUACGGGGCACGACUCUCACUGGUAUCAGCUUCGGCAUUGCCUACUACCUGCUACCGAAGUGGCACCGACUUCUCGAAUACGAGGUGUGGCAGAAAGCCGCCGAGCAAGUGCUGAUUUCUUUAGGGCUGGCUCAGGGCAUGGUAAUCACGAUGGGGAGCUACAACGAGUUCUCGAACAACCCACACGUGGACGCCUACGUCAUCACUGUGGUCAAUGUCAUCUUCAGUCUGCUGGGCGGCCUCGUGGUAUUCAUGUUCUUGGGCAGCAUGUCGUUCAAAAUGCGGGUCUCCAUGCUGGACGUCCUAAAAAUAGGUGCGCUGUCGGCUGUGCGACAUUCUUCCCUGAUCAGUGCACCGACUCGGCGAAUUACUUUUUCUACACCACUCGCACUGUGA